CGGACUUAUUUCCGUGCCUUUUACCGGUAUUGUGUAGACCAUGCCCUGAUACGAGUCCUACAUCCAAUUCGACAUCUCUUGUUUCUGAGCUGCGGGAUCCGCCCCUCGCCGCUCGCUCACGUCUAGUUCCUAGUGUUCUUGCCUUCACGAGAAACUCUGGGUGCUUCUUAUGCCCGCUCCAACGUUGCCAGAAUGGUUUCUCUCAAUCCCUCGGAUCCCGACGAUCCUGGGCAACGAGGGCAUCACUUCGCGGCCCAGGCGCGCACUGAUGGCGCAUCAGUGCCAUCCAUCCCCACCCCCGACCCAGCCGUUCCCUCUUCACCUAGCUUGCCGUCGACGUCGAUCUCAGGCCACCACCGCCAUGCUGCCGACGACUCUCACGAAGCCCCCUCCAUGACUCCCUGCGCGUCCUCGACCGGCAGGAAUCGCUUCUUACGGGAGAACUUUGGUCAUGUCCGCGACGACAACAAGCAACCCCAGUCGACAAGUCCUUUUCGAUUAUCGAUGCCCUGCAUCACUCCCGGACAGCUCGCCUUCUCCGCCAUGCAAUACCUGCCUGUCCCUCUCCUCGUGCUCAACAACCUGAAGACCGUAGUCCUCGCAAACGAGGCCAUGGGCAGGAUGCUGGGUAUCAUCGACUUCAACUCAGAUUCCGCCGACAAUAGCAACCGAGUGCUCGAACAGCUGCGCGGCCAGUCGCUGUCCCAGGUUGGCGUUGAUAUGCUGCAGGACGGCUGCCCCGUGUGGAUCACAUGGGAAUCUUUCCUCGAUUCUCUACUUUUGGAAAUGGGCUCGAGGCGGACAUGCAAGGACCGUGCGGAUAAUGAUGCCUGGCCUGGUGAUGAUGCCUGGCCUGCUGAUACCACCCCGAUGGCAGCAAAGAACGCAGCCUCUCCGGCGGCCGACCAGCCUCGGGAGUCGCACUCAUCACUGUCAGCUGCUUCUGCUGCCGGGCCCGUCAGGGAUGCCGCCGUAGAGGUUGUGAUUACCAGGAGGGGGGUCGGGAAAACGGGACCCGUUUCGCGCGACCCAUCGAACCAGCCGGACCGUCAGGUAUGUGCGAAGAUGCUCGUCUCCAUAUGGGAGAUCGAAGGUCACCAGGUCUACUUCACCAUCACCUUCACCAGUACGCAGUCACCACCAUCCGCCCUGGUCAACAGCAAGAAGUCCAUCGCCAGCCCCAACCUGCUCGAAACGGCCGAGCGGAAGUCCAUAUUCAACUCGAAUCCCCCGUCCGUCGGCUCUAGCCGCGAUUCCGGCUCGCCGUCCCUCCACGUCAGCCCCAGCGCCGUCUCGCUGUCAUCCAACCCCUUCCCUCCCAUGGGGCCCCCGUCGACCGCCGCCCACACGGGCACGCCCUCGAUCCUGCGAAAGAUGAUCCUCAUGAAAGACGCCUUGCUGGACAACACGCGCGUUCCUAUCAUCGCCAUGUGGAAGGACGGCAGCGUUUCGUUCCCGAACCGGGCCGCUCGUUUCCUGUUGCCUGACGAGACCGCCCUGGAUAACUCGGUCGACGGCUUCCAGCUCGCUUCCGCCUGGGCCAUGUGGGACGAAAGUUUCACGCGCCAGCUAGCCGUUCACGAGCUCCCCAUGUCCGUCCUCCUCCGCACCCAGACCCCCUUUACCGGUGUGCGUACCGGCAUGUAUGACAGGACCGGCGCCAAGUUGCUGUUCGACGUCACGGGCGAAGCGAUCCUUGACCACACCGCCGGCGAAUUCCUGGCCGGCGUCGUAACCUUCCGGGACAUCACCGACAUGACCCAAGAGAUCACCGAAAUCAAGAAACAAGAGGAGGAACGCUUUCGGCUCAUUUGCGACACCAUGCCCCAGCUCGUCUGGACCGCGACUCGGGACGGCCUGGUUGAUUUCUACAACACGAGGUGGUACAAGUACACCGGCCUGACGCCGGAACAGUCCCUUGGGUGGGGUUGGGCGACGGUGGUGCAUCCGGACGACGUGCAGGGGAUCGUGUCCCGUUGGAAACGCUGCUUGGCCACGGGGCUCCCGCUCGAUACGCAGUACCGGUUUUAUAAUAAGAACGGCGAGUGGCGCUGGAUGCUGGGUCGCGCGCUGCCGCUCAGGAACAGGGUCACGAACGAGAUUGAGAAGUGGUUCGGGACCUGCACCGACGUUCACGAGAGCAUCGAGGCCACGCUGACGGCGAAGCGGACAAGGCAACAUUUACUCAGCGUCAUCGCACAUUCCCACGUCACCAUCUUCACGGUAGAUGCCAACCGAAACCUGACCAUGCUGGAGGGCGCCCUCAUGUGGGACGCCGUCGACGCCGGAUCUAGCAGCAGCGGCAGAAGCAGCAGCAGCAGCAGCAGCAGCAGCAGUAGCAGUAGUAGCGGCGACUCCAGCUGGUAUAUUGGCGAAAACAUGUACAACGUGUUCAAUCGCCUAAAUCCACAGAUGCCGUCGGGGGAAAAGCCAAAGUUCCUACGGCCCAUCGAGGGUAUGCUUAACGGCCAGAUGGACGAGAUGCUCGAAGAACACGGCAUGGGCGGCCGCUGGUAUCGGACGCGAUUUAUCCCCAUCCUUGGCAAAUCGAGGACCGACCACGGCGACCAGGCGGGAGACGACAACGCCCAGCAGACUCCGGUCGAAGGUGUCAUCGGCGUCAUCAUGGACGUCACCGAGCUGAAGGAGAAACAGAUGGUGUUGGAAGAGGAAGCCAAAGAAAAGAAACAAGCCAUGGCCAACGAGGCGGCGGCCAAAGAAGCCAACAGGCUGAAAAGCCAGUUUCUCGCCAAUAUGUCCCACGAGAUUCGCACUCCCAUCACGGGCGUCAUCGGCAUGGCGGAGCUGUUGCAGGAUAUGGAGCUCAAUGCCGAGCAGCGCGACUACGUCGAAAACAUUCAGAGGUCGGCCAAUGCUCUGCUGACCGUCAUAAACGACAUCCUAGACUUCUCCAAGGUCGAGUCGGGUCGACUCGAUAUUGAAGAGGUCCAGUUCUCGCUUUCGGUCAUCGUCAAGGACGUGAGCAAAAUGCUGAGCUUCGCAGCCCAACGCAAGAACUUGGCUUUCCAGUCGGACAUCGCAAGCGACAUCGCGAAAGGGCUGGUCGUCAUUGGGGAUCCGGGCCGCGUUCGACAAAUCAUCACCAACCUGUUGACGAACAGCAUCAAGUUCACCAAUCAAGGGCGUGUCAGGUUCAGCGUGCAACGGGAAGACGAGACGGCCGAUUCCAUAGUAGUCAAGUUCACGGUCGAGGACACGGGCAUCGGAAUCGAGAAUGAAGUGCUCGAUAAGCUCUUCCAGCCUUUCAGCCAAGGGGAUGCGUCGACUGCGAGGCGGUUUGGCGGUACGGGUCUCGGGUUGACCAUUUGCAAGAACCUCUUGGACCUGAUGAACGGGAGAAUCACGCUGGACUCUCACGUCAACAAAGGAACUACGGCAACAUUCUGGAUCCCGUUCAACAAGACCCAAUCCCCCCAAGAAGGGGCCGACUCUCUGGUCGAAAUUGACGGCUUGCACGACAGAUUCCAGUCGGCCAUGAGCAUGUCAUGCAGCAGCUCAGACUUGGAGCAGUCCGGUGCCACACAGCCCUGGUCCUCCGAGUUUGCGUCUGAGAGGAAGUUGAGCCUCCAGGGUCCGCGAACACCUCCAACCACAGAAGGCGGCGCCACCUCACUUUAUAGCCAGCCCAGGCUUCAUGUGCUUGUCGUAGAGGAUAACGCUAUCAAUCAACAAAUCGCGACUAAAACCAUCAAGAAACUCGGGUAUGACGUAUCUGCUGCGUGGAAUGGCAAGGAAGCGCUCGAGUACUUGGGCGCGGCGCAACAGGGCAAGCAUCCCAAACCCGACAUCAUCUUGAUGGACGUGCAGAUGCCUGUGAUCGACGGCUACAAAUGCACACACCUCUUGCGCCGUCAUGCUCCGUACAACACGUACGUGCAGGACAUUCCCAUCGUGGCGAUGACGGCGUCCGCAAUACAAGGAGACAAGGAGAAGUGCAGAAAGGCGGGCAUGGACGACUACCUUGCGAAGCCCGUCAAAGGCAAGACGUUGGAGCGCAUGCUUCUGCGGUGGAGCCAGACGAGGCGUCGAGGCUCCAUGCAGAGGCUCCCGACGUCGUACCGGCAGCCCUCGGAAUGCUCUGACCAUGCCGAGCAUUGCAGCAGCGCAGACAUUCCCGGCGUCGGACUGGAAGAGCAACAAGCCACUUCUACUACGGCAUCUCAGCGAAGAAGUGACGCGGGGGAUAAUUCCCCGGAGGAGCAGGCUCGGUCGCCGGAGGUCCCGGUAGAGACCAGCCAAGGAAAAGCAGAACCGUCCCCGUUGGACUCGUCAACGGCACCCAACAACAUGCAAGCCGUCCUGCGGUCCGAUACGGCCGAGAUGGACCAGUACGCACAGGAUGAUAAGCUCAUCGUUGCGGCCGGUGGCUCAGAAGAACCUUUACGACACGGGGGGUGUUCGUUCGGACAACCGGCACCUGCUGUCGAUUCUUUGACCGAAGCAAAUAUGGAGAAGCAUCAGUUGGAGGGCGAGGCGAUUGAGCGAGAGAGGCAACGACACCACAAUCAUCAUCCUCGGGUGAUGAUGAAAGAAGGGCCUCCUUCCUCUGGCGACGACAGAUUUGGGACGCACACACGGAGCACCAGCCCAGAUUCCUAGCAACGGCACGAAAGACAUGACGACGUUGGGAGGAAGACACAAGGAGUGAUGGAUGGCGGGUAAUCUCAGGAGUCACCCAGCCUUUACCAAAUAUCUUUGACCCUUUUUCGAAUAAUGGCCUAUUGUUUUGCUGCCAGGUUUUGGGAAUCACAUUUGGGCGACAUCUUUGUCACUGGGGGGUUUGGACGGAAAGGUUACAAGCAGCAAGCAACAUUAGCGAUUUCUGAUUUUUUUUUAUUCUUUUGUAGAAGGAAAGCAGAA